AUGUCGCCCCCUCUCGGCAAGUCGCGCGACUCGGCCCAGGCGCGCCUGCUCGGCUCGGGCACGUCGGGCGUCGCCGAGCUCCUCGUCUUCCACCCCGUCGACACCGUCGCCAAGCGCCUGAUGAGCAACAAGGACGCCAGCAUCAAGAUGGCGCAAGUUGUCUUCAAGGACAAGGCGCACGCCUCGCUCGGCACCAAGUUUGUCUCGCUCUUUCCCGGCCUCGGCUACGCGGCGGGGUACAAGAUUCUGCAGCGCAUCUACAAGUUUGGCGGCCAGCCGUACGCCAACGACUAUCUCGUCAAGAACCACAAGCACUUCUUUGACCGGACGUUUGGAGAGCGAAACGGAAAGAGUGUCAUGCAGGCUACCGCUGGCAGCCUGACAGGCAUUGGCGAGAUUGUUCUUCUGCCGCUCGACGUGCUCAAGAUCAAGCGUCAGACGAACCCCGAGGCGUUUCGCAGCCGCGGCUUCCUGCGCAUUGUGGCCGACGAAGGCAUGGGUCUGUACCGCGGCGCCGGCUGGACGGCGGCGCGCAACGCUCCCGGCUCCUUUGCGCUCUUCGGAGGCUCGGCAUUCACCAAGGAGUACCUCUUUGGCCUGCAAGACUAUGGCGCCGCCACGUGGAGCCAGAACUUUGUGGCGUCCAUCGGCGGAGCGGUGGCCAGCAUUACGGUGGCCGCGCCGCUCGACGUCGUAAAGACGCGCAUCCAAAACGCAAACUUUGAGUCCUCGACGGGAGGCGUGACGAUCAUCAAGGAGAUGAUUAAGAAUGAGGGAUUCGGUGCCUUUUUCAAGGGCCUCACACCAAAGGUG